UUGGUCCCAGCUCUGCUUCCACUCAAAUCUGUAAGGAUCCCUGUGGCAGUAAAAGAAUGGCCCAGCCCACAUAGUUGUUCUGGGCCCUCAUGAUUGGUUCCUUAAUAGGAUUUAGGAUGUUCAGAUUUGCGAUGGCCUGUCUUAGAGCAGAGUAGCAUGUCACAGGAAGAAUUAAUCCAUACUUUAUCUGAAAGUUGUAUCCCCAGCCAUUUGGUUUUUAGCAAACUUUUCAUGUUAAGAACCUGACGUAGGAAUAGUUUCUAUUAAAACGGUUCUUCCAGAGUAAUUUUUUCAUUAUUUCAGAUUAUAUCCCUUAGUUUGAACAUAGUUUUUAAAUCCAAUGAUUCAGACAUGGUCCAGUGCAUAUUUGAAAUAAAAUAGACAAAGUCAAGAUUCCGAUCACUUAGGUUCUAACACAUAAAAGCCUUAUAAAAUAAUACAAAAAAAUUCUUCACAAAUUAUCCCCAACUACAGGAAUGGAUUCGUAACUUUAAGGGCUAAACUACCCUGAACUGUUGUGUAGAGCUGAAUCUAGUGUCCCACACAUCUUUGUGCUUUUUACCUCCUCCCCCCCUUAAAAAGGGGGGCAGGGGAUGAUAAGGCACACAAACCUUCAUUCCAAGAGGGUGGAGUCUUGGAGUCUCGGUUCUCUGGCUCCCUGACACUGCUCCAGAGGUAGUCAUUUGUUCUUGUUCUACAUUUGGCCUGCUGUUAUCACUUUCCUCACUACUUUAAAUCCUAUUUUAUCUGUUGCCUAGUAUACUCUGAUACUUGUUAAAAUAUUUUAACAGCUAUUUCCAGAGGGAGCUUUAAUAAAAUUCUGUGAUUAAUCCUCUGAAUGUAAACGUGAAUGUACUAGAACAAAGCAUCCUGAGUGUUUAAUAGAGCACAACCCAAUGGUUCAAAACAUAAUGUGGCUUUCAGUUUUCUAUAAACAUUAGUUUUGAUAUGCUCUUCACUUGUUACUUCUUUCUGUAUGCACUGUCUGUUUCUUAAAUUGCACAGUUGUCCAUGAAAUUCAUAAAAAUUUGAAUAAGACAAAAUUUUUGGAUUUUUGUAUAACACAAAUUUUUAGCAGCAUAUGGACAUGUAUGUGAUAGUUAUGAGAUUUGCUUAGUAUUUUUACCAAAAAGGUAUCCCUGUAGAUAGUGUUUUUUAAAUUUGAAAUAUUAAAUAGGUUAAAAGUCAUCCAUAAUCUUAUUAAACUUUUUCGUAUGAUAUCAGAAGUGAAAGUUCCCCCACCUCUGUUUAUGGCUUGUUUGUAUGCUUCCUGACUUUAUGUUAUAUGAAUAUACAUGCGCAUAUAAUUUCCAUUUUUGCUUAAUAACAACACAACAAUAACAAACUAUACACACUGGUGACUGACUUGCUUUUUUCACGCAUGUCAUGGACCAUCUCCCAGGUCAGUGCAUCUAGACAUCCCUCAUUCAUUUUAAUGGCUGCAUACUCCACUUAUGGAUGUACUGUAUUUCUACAACCAGUCCCCUAUUGAUGGACAUAUGGUUGUGUCUAGUUUUUUGCUAGCAUUAUAAUAGGUUAGAGGCUGUAAUGAAUAGUAAGGAAGUGUAGGUAGCACUACUUUAAAGAAAACAGAAUAAACUUCCUUUGCCAUAGUCACUUAAAUGAAAUUUAAUAAAAACACUGUCAAAAGUUGAGAGGACCAAAAUUGAUACUUUUUCUCUGAUCUUUUUGCCAUGUGUAUAUCUGAAUUCUUUGUUUUUAAAGAAGAAACAGCAUUGAAGCAUUAUUUGGGGGGAAAAACACACACACAAAAUCCAGCAACUCAACAUUCAUGAGCAACUCAUUACUAUACCAGUAUGUGCCUGUGCAGUGGAAGGAAAACAAUUUUGGAAAUAUAUCCUGGACAGUUCCAGCCAUCUCUCUGUCACAAAUUCAUAGCUUUGUCAGAUAAGGAAGGAAAACUACUUCGCAACUAUACUCAGAACAUAGAUACACUGGAACAGGUUGCAGGAAUCCAAAGGAUAAUUCAGUGUCACGGUUCCUUUGCAACAGCGUCUUGCCUGAUUUGUAAAUACAAAGUUGACUGUGAAGCUGUACGAGGAGAUAUUUUUAAUCAGGUGGUUCCUCGAUGUCCCAGGUGCCCAGCUGAUGAACCACUUGCUAUCAUGAAACCAGAGAUUGUUUUUUUUGGUGAAAAUUUACCAGAACAGUUUCAUAGAGCCAUGAAAUAUGACAAAGAUGAAGUUGAUCUCCUCAUCGUUAUUGGGUCUUCCCUGAAAGUAAGACCAGUAGCACUAAUUCCAAGUUCCAUACCCCAUGAAGUGCCUCAGAUAUUAAUUAAUAGGGAACCUUUGCCUCAUCUGCAUUUUGAUGUAGAGCUUCUUGGAGACUGUGAUGUCAUAAUUAAUGAAUUGUGUCAUAGGUUAGGUGGUGAAUAUGCCAAACUUUGCUGCAACCCUAUAAAGCUUUCAGAAAUUACUGAAAAACCUCCACGAACACAAAGAGAGUUGGCUCAUUUGUCAGAAUUGCCACCCACACCUCUUAAUAUUUCAGAAGACUCAAGUUCACCAGAAAGAACUUCACCACCAGAUUCGUCCGUGAUUGUCACACUUUUAGACCAAGCAACAAAGAGUAAUGUUGAUGAUCCAGAUGUGUCCAAAUCAAAAGAUUGUAUGGAAGAAAAAUCACAGGAAGUACAGACAUCUACUAGGAGCUUUCAAAGUGUUACUGAACGGUUGGGAAGUCCGUAUUUGAAGAAUGUUGGCUCUGAUACUGGGGAGAAAAAUGAAAGAACUUCAGUUGCUGAAGCAGUAAGAAAGUGCUGGCCAGCUAGACUCGCAAAGGAGCAGAUUAGUAAACGGCUUGAUGGUAAUCAGUAUCUGUUUUUACCACCAAAUCGUUACAUUUUCCAUGGCGCUGAGGUAUAUUCAGACUCUGAAGAAGAUGUCUUAUCCUCUAGCUCUUGUGGCAGUAAUAGUGAUAGUGGAACAUGCCAGAGUCCAAGUUUAGAAGAACCCAUGGAGGAUGAAAGUGAGAUUGAAGAAUUCUACAAUGGUUUGGAAGAUGAUGCUGAUGUUAAUGAGAGAGCUGGAGGAACUGGAUUUAGAGCUGAUGGAAGUGAUCAAGAGGCAGUUAAUGAAACUAUAUCCACGAAACAGGAAGCAACGGACAUUAACUAUUCAUCAAACAAAUCAUAAUGUAAUAAUUGUCCAGGUACAGGAAUUGUUCCACCAGCAUUAGGAACUUUUAGCAUGUCAAAAUGAAUGUUUACUUGUGAACUCAAUAGAGCAAGGAAACCAGAAAGGUGUAAUAUUUAUAGGCUGGUAAACUAGAUUGUUUUUUUCAUGCGUAAUUUUUAACUUCCUUAUUUCUGUACUUGUACACUCAACACUAACUUUUUUUAAAAGAAAGGUACUAAGUAUCUUUAAUCAGCUGUUGGUCAAGACUUUCUUUUAAAAGUUCAUUUGUAUGAUACAUCCAUCUGUAUAUAUAAUUUUGUUUUUGCCUAGUGAAGUUUCAACAUUUUAAAGUUUUCAAAAAAGCCAUUGGAAUGUUAAAUUAAUGUAAAGGGAACAGCUUAUCUAGACCAAAGAAUGGUAUUUUCACACUUUUCUUUGUAACCCUCAAAUCUCUGUUCUGCUAAACUUUUGAUUCUUUAUUAGCACAAUUACCUAUUUUUAAACACUGGCAUUUUCAAAAACUUGUGGCAGCUAACUUUUUAAAAAUCUCAUGACAUGCAAUGUGAGUAGAGGGAAGUCAACACUAUGUGGGAGAGCACUCAGUUGUCUUAGCUUUUUAAAGUAAGACUUGGUGCUAAGAGUUUCAGGAAUAUUGUAUUGUUCAAAUGAAGAUGGCUUUUGUACUUCCUGUGGACAUGUAGUAAUGUCUAUAUUGGCUCAUAAAACUAACCUGAAAAACAAAUAAAUGCUUUGGAAACGUUUCAGUUGCUUUAGAAACAAUAGUGCCUGUCUGGGUCCCCUUAAUUUGAGAAUAUUUGCCAUUGUUUAAAUACCUGUCACUGUGGUAGAGCAUGCACUGAUCCUUUCCCACAAAAGUAUUAAACUGCCAAGGUGUGAAUAUGCAAAGUCUUUAUGAAUCUAUAAUAAUGGUACUUCAACUGGGGAGAGUGUAAUAUUUUGGACUGCUGCUUUUCUUUUCCAUUAAUGAUGAGAGCAACAGGCCCCUGAUUAUACAGUUCCAAAGUAAUAAGAUGUCAAUUAUAACUCAGCCAGUAAGUACAUGUCUCCUGUUGGGAGGAUUUGGUGUAAUAAACACCAAACUGUUAGCCUAGUAUUAUGGAGAUGAACAUGAUGUAGCUUGUAACAGCAGAACAGUUAAUGAAUGAACCUAGUUCCUAUAACGUGUCUGUCUUUAUUUAAAAGCUUAGCCUGCCUUAAAACUAGAGAUCAACUUUCUCAACUGUGGAAGCUUCUAGCCUUUCAGAAAAGUUCAUACUUUAUAAAAUUGCACAGUAAGCAUUUCUUUUCCAGACCUUUACCCAGCAUUACUCCCAAAUUACAAAGUAUUCCUAUGUUUAGUAUUUAUUACAAUUAAAUAAAAAGUUUGAAACAUAGCUGUUCUUUAAGGAUAAAAUACCCAGCCAGGACCAUUACUGCCAGAGAAAAAAAUUUUAUUGAAUGGACAUUUCUCUACCGUAAAAGAUGUCUCAAUCUGAAUUUAUUCGGCUACACUAAAGAAUGCAGUAUAUUUAGUUUACCAUUUGCAUGAUGUGUGUUUGUGCUAUAGAUGAUAUUUUAAAUUGAAGAAUUUGUUUUAAAUUAUUUUUACAGUGAAGACUGUUUUCAGCUCUUUUUAUAUUGUACAUAGUCUUUUAUGUAAUCUUACUGGCAUAUGUUUUGUAGACUGUUUAAUGACUGGAUAUCUUCCUCCAACUUUUGAAAUACAAAACCAGUGUUUUAUACUUGUACACUGUUUUAAAGUCUAUUAAAAUUGUCAUUUGACUUUUUUCUGUUAA